CUUCUCAAGAUCUAUGGGAGAAGGAGUUAAACGAGAGUCGAUUGAAAUAUGACAAGCUAAAGGAGGAGUUUCUACGAAAACCUGUAAGCUGCAUUACCUUCUAACUUAUGGUCUUAGCUGGUCCCUUUUGUUAUGGCUUGUUCAUAGAACUCUUUAAUCUAGCCAGUCAGAAUUGUCAUGGCGAAAAGACAAAAGCAUGAUAUUGCUUGGACACGACCAUUGCAGCGGAGUCAUUGAGCCCCUUAAAGGCUACAACAUUUCUAAAGAGGAUCAUCCACUAAGUUUAGGUAAAACUAGCAUAUGGCAUCAGUACUUUGAGUUUACAGAAAUUUCAGAGCAGAUAGACCGUGAUUUGCAGCGAACUCAUCCAGAUUUAGAGUUCUUCUCAGGAGACUCAUCACUAUCUAGGAAGAAUAAGGAGUCAAUGAGAAAUAUUCUUCUUUUGUUUGCGAAAUUAAAUCCUGCAAUUAGUUAUGUACAAGGCAUGAAUGAGGUCUUGGCCCCGUUGUACUAUGUCUUCAGCACCGAUAAUGAUGAGCAUACUGCUGCAAAUUUAGAAGCAGAUACUUUUUCCUGUUUCGUUAUACUAAUGAGUAGCUGUGUGGAUCACUUCUGUCAACAAUUUGAUUGUGGUUCUUUUGGUAUCCACUCAACUCUUUCGAAGUUGUCAGAGUUAUUGAAAACUAAUGAUGAGGAAUUGUGGCACCAUCUUGAAUUUAAAACAAAGGUUAACCCACAAUUCUAUGCAUUUAGGUGGAUCACUCUGCUCCUUACUCAGGAGUUUAGCUUGCACCACAUCUUAAGGAUCUGGGAUACGCUUCUCAGCAAUCCCUUUGGCGUUCAGGAGAUGCUAUUGCGGAUCUGUUGUGCUAUGCUGAUGUGUGUUAAAAGCAAACUAAUUAGGGGUGAUUUUGUUGGCAACUUGAAGCUUUUACAACAUUUCCCUGAAGUAGAUGUUGAGCAUCUUCUCCAAGUAGCAUGGGGCAUGCAGAACUUGGACACAUCGUUCCAUUCAACCGUGUAGGUAGCUAAUAUACGAUUUGAUAUAUUAAAAUCAAACAAUAGUGAUGUUAUUAAACCACAACAAAUGCCACAAUUUAUUCAAACAUUAUACAUUCACAAAAUAAU